AUGGAUGAAAUUUGCCCUUUUAUAUCUCUAUCAAAAACUUCUUCGCUUCGUUCACAUCCAACCUCUAGCGCUGUUCUUACAUCAUCGAGUAAAACUAAAUCUGAACGAGGUCUUCUGCAACGUUCACUUCUUUACUGUCUUGGAAAGGGGUAUUUUUGUUUGAUUCGUCACUUACUACAAUCCGGUAUAGCCGAUGCUCGAGAACGUGACUCUGAAGGACGCACCGGCCUGAUCUACUGCUGUUUUAUCGAUGACGACUGUUGGGCAAAAACGACAGCUAUGACCUUACUUGAAAAGGGGGCUCAAAUUGCUGAUCAAGAUCACCGCGGUCUCAAUGCUCUGCACUACGCGAUUAUCACACAACGACUAGUUCUCAUUCGUCUCUAUUUGGAUUCGAUUGACUUCGAUUUUAAUCAUUCAGUUGACAUUCAUGGAAAUACAUGUUUACAUUAUGCAUGUGCGACAGGAGAUGCCAAUAUUGUCCGAGCACUUCUCAAUGCAAUGAAGAGAUAUUCGGUUGAUUUAACGCUGCAAAAUCAAGCUGGUCUAACUGCUUUUGAUAUCACAUGUCAAUUCAAUUUUGAACGUUGUCAGAAUCUUCUACGAAAUGAAAUGGCAUUGCAGCAACAUACAAAUUCACUCAAAGGAUUAACGAAACUGAGAACUCUCCAACGGUGCUCGUCCACGUCCGGCCGACUUCAAUCGUUAACUUCGCCUGCGGAUUUAGGUGAAUCAAUUCUAUCGCUUCCUUAUUUCGUUCCAAGUUCAAUGAGUCAACGUCAACGUUGUAAAAGUACAACAACAACAACACCUAAAACUGAGCUUCGCCGUUGUCAAUCGGCCAAAUUGAUCGACCUAACAGAAUCACGUACAAUGCUCUUUAAACGUAAUCCACAUUUGGAUCAAGUACUUGUUAAGCAAGCAAAGAAUCGGGCGGAUUUCACUCCAUCAAUAUUUGCUAGUUCAAGUGAAAUAUUUAAUUCUACAUCAACAUUGAAUAGCCCAACUGAUGCUUUUCAUUCGGCGUCGACGACAUGCUGGCGCGAAAACGUUCCGAAACUCUUCGAUCAAGUACAAAUCUUACGUUCACGCUCGUAUCGAAAAACUAUUCGUCCGCCAUUGAGUACAGAACUAUCGCGUGAAUUUCUCGAACGUUUAGCUAAUGAACAUGAAAAUGAAAGAAAUAGAUCGCGAGCAUUAUCAGCACACCCAAGUGAUUCUGUACAAAAACUUGUACGCAAACACAAAGCGAGCAUGAAUAGUGUCAGAAUGUUUCAUAAAAUGAAAAAAUAA